AUGCGCAACAAAAUCAUGCAAGUGAAGGAUCACCUGGACGUGGAAGAACAAUCGGAUGUCGCCUAUCAGAUCCUAUGUCGGGACUGCCCUCGCCAGGACAGACCAGACGACGACUCACGCAAACGGGCGGUCCAGAGAGACGACACGCUGUCUCAUGUCGCCACUCACACCCUGGAGGAAGGCCACGAAUUCAAUUUCGCGAGCACGCGAAUGGUAGCGCAGGCCAGCAACAAGACAGGUCGAAAACUGUUAGAGGCCUGGGUGUGUGAGUCCAAGUCUAUCAACAGGCACGUUGACAUUCCCCUCUGCUAUCGCGCGCUCCGUUCCCGCGGCCAAGAGGCGAGACACAAAUUCCAGCCCGGGGUGCACGCAGUCACGCCACCAUGA